AUUUUCUAUGGCUAUAAAUGUCAAAGCCGUCAAAGCUGUGCAUUCCGAGAUUUUGUAUGGAAUAAAAAUAUUGUAUUUUUACUUUGUUGACUUUCCAACUGCAUGAAUAUUGUGUUAUUUACCCAUGUCAUGGGACUUAUAUUCAUUACAACUAAUUCUGUGAAUGAAUAUUAUUUCAUCAAAAUUUAAAGGAUUGACUUUUCCAUUAAGGAGACUUGUAAUGUGUUUAUACAGUUAAAUACUCAUUUUUAAUCAUGAAGUGUUUCUUGUUAUAUAUAUUUCUGGGUUUAUUGAAAAGAUGCAGCGCAGAAAUUUAUGCUAUUAAAUUCGAGUCACAAUUUUAUUUUGAAGAAUUUGGAGAUAUUCAGGCACAGUUUGGACCAAAAUUAGCAGAUGGAGCAGUGCGAGGAAUGCUGGUAAACCCAGAGCCACCUAGUGCUUGUAAUAAGUCACUAAAACCGCCACCAACAAACAUAGUUAAUGAAAUAGGAAAAUGGGUGUUACUUGUACCACGAUAUACAUCUGAACUUAACUGUUCAUUUGAGGAGAAAGUUCGUAUAGCACAAUUAGCAGGAUAUGAUGCUGUUAUAGUGUAUAACAUUAAUUCAGAAGAGUUAGUGCCAAUGUCUGCUAAAAAUGGUACUGGUAUUAAUAUACCUUCUGUAUUUGUAAGCUAUUCCUCUGGGGAAAUGUUGAAAAAUAUUUAUACAGACCCUAAAUAUUUUGUGGUGAUAACUGGAGAAUCUCCAUUUAAUAUACAAACUCAUCUUCUGAUUCCAUUUGCCAUUGUUGUCGGAAUUUGUUUUAUAGUGAUGAUUACUUUUAUGAUUGUAAAAUUCAUCAAAGAUAGAAGAAGACAAAGACGUCACCGAUUGCCAACAUCUACUUUAAACAAAAUUCCAACCCGCAAAUACCAAAAGGGGGAUCCUUAUGAAACUUGUGCCAUCUGCCUGGAUGACUAUGCUGAAGGAGAAAAACUUCGUAUUCUGCCUUGUAACCAUGUGUAUCAUUCAAAAUGUAUUGAUCCUUGGCUAACAAAAAAUAGGCGUGUCUGUCCUAUUUGUAAGCGUAAGGUUUUUGCACAUGAUGAGCCACAACAUGAUUCUGAUAGUGAUUCUGAUGCCGAUGAUACGACUCCAUUAAUUAACUCUAAUAAUCGAGGUACUCAGGGAGGUACUUUUGAGAAUCAAACUGAGAAUCCACUACAGAGAGCUGCAAGGUCAAUUUCUCAACAAUCUGGAGCUGCUACUUUUGUUACAGCGUCUGAUCAUCAUAGCAUAAAUGGUGAUUAUCAAAGUUUAAACAGUAGUAACUCAGGAUCUGAGGACUGCCUAGAUAGAAGUUUACAGGAACAUAUUUGUGAUAGCCUAGAAGUGCAUGUACACAGUGUAGACACUGAAAGUAAUUCUAGCAGGGGUGCAGUUAAUGUAUAAUAGAUGGGCUUCUUUAUUUUAACUUCUAGUCGAGUACAAGAAGUCUAUAUAUAAUAUGUAUAUUUAAAAAAGUGGAUAAUCUUGCCUAAAAGUCAGUGCUACUAUUGAAGAAUCUAUUUUCUGGAUAAGCUGAAUAUUUUAGAAAACUAUUUUCAGUAAAAAAUUUCUCAUUUCGUGAGCCAUAGUAGAAAAUGUUAAAGUCAAUAUUUUUGACAUUACACAAUUUAUUUCAAACAUUAUCGAAACUAUAUAAAAAUUUCUAAUAAAAUUUUUUUAAAA